AUGCGCGGCGCGCGCCCCGGCUGUGGCAGGCGCUGAAAUUCAAAAUUGGACGGCGGUUGGCCGCCGCGGAGGCUCAAAAGGGAGAGGCUGUUUCGGGAGCCAGACGCGGCGAGGGAGUUCGGUGGCGGAGAUGGACCCCUUCACUGAGGUGAGCGGCGCCCGCGGAGGGAGGCCCGGGGGAAGCGGGGCGCCUCAGCUUUGCCGAGGGGUCUUGGAGAAGAGGGCAGGAGGCGGGCAAGGCGUUCCUCUCCCUCCCGCUUGGCUUUAAUUGGGCCCAGGUGGGGUGUUUUUUUUGGGGGGGGGGGUUGCUUUGAAGUCGCUUCGGGUUGCCCUGCCAUGGAGGGCGGAAUAGAAAGUCAGUCCAUCAUCAGAUUUAAUAAACCAAAUUAAAUGUUGGAAAGUGGAUUUGAUCCUGAAGGGUGGUAUAGAAAUUAUAAUAACAUAUAAUAUAUACAGCGAGUAACAAAUGUAGUAAAUAAUAAUGAAUGUUGGAAAGUGGGCUUCGUCCUGGCGGCCCUUCCUUGGGCUGCGAUGCGUCCCUACUCGAGAGUAAUAGCAUUGGAGUCGUGGCAGCACCUCUGAGUAAACCUAGCCAACUAGGGGGGGGGGUCAGUCCCCAACGAGGCUGCCUUUCUGGGCUUGCAAGCCCCCUUUAGCUCAGUUGGGUUUCUCUCUCCGCCCCUUAGUUAAGACUUCCCUUCCCGACCCCGGAAUGUUUUAUUUGUUUUAAUGCCAAAUCUGUGUGCCUUUUGCCGUUCACUGCCCAGCUCGGGGCGCGGGGGGCUUUUGGGACAUGAUAUACCGUAUUUUUUGCACCAGAACACUCACUUUUUUCCUCCUAGAAAGUAAGGGGAAAUGUCUGUGCGUGUUAUGGAGGGAAUGCCUACGGGUGGCAUGCCUACGGAUUUUCCUCCUCUAAAAACUACGUGCGUGUUAUGGUCGGGUGCGUGUUAUAGAGUGAAAAAUACGGUAUGUCUCCCUCGGUUAAAGACAAAGUAAUGCUUUUGAAAUGAUUCCCAGUUGUAAAGCUGAAAGUCGACCCCGCAGAAAGUGGCGCUUAGUCAGUGAUCUGGCUUAGAGGGUUUGAGGAUCUGGUUACUCCUGGGGACCUGGAGCUCUUGGUUUGUUUGUUUCAAUCCCUGACCGUAUUCUUUGCUCCGGGUCCUAAUACAAAAGCCAGCAAAGGAAAAGGGCAACCCAACAUAAUUCAAAUACCUAACUCCAAGCACGUUGAUUUUCCACUUUCAUUCUUUCCAAACUGCCUCUUUUCUCUUGCCGUGACUCAGAGGAGGGAAAUGAGACUAAUGGGUGUGGCAUUUCCAAAGAGCUGUUCUUUUGCGCUCGUCAGAAUGACUGCAGGAAUACAGAAGCAAACGAUGUCACUCUCACUUUUUCCUGAAUUAUUCCAAGAGUUUACUUAAAUGCUUCUAAAAGUAACUUAAACAUUUGGAAAGUCGAUGAGAUUCUGGAACUAUAUAAUCAAGCACAGCUUAUUUUUAAUGCUUAUUUUUUAAAAAAUGGUAAUCUUCUACUAGGUGUCAUGUAAAAAUACAUUUCUGUAUUUUUAUGGUGAUAUAAAAAAAAACCUGUUGACCUUUAAACGUGUCACAUUCAAAUGUGGAAUAAAAUGAUAUUAGUGUCUGCAUGCAGAGCAUGAAAAUUACUCUUUACCACUUAAAAGUGCCCAAAGUAUACUAAGUGCUGAAUAAAUAAAGGUAAAACUGUCUCUGUCCACAGGCUCUUAAACAGAAAGGAAGGUACUGAUGCAUUAUGUUGUCUUUAAUUUGAAACGGAUCUUUACAGUGCAAUACUGUGUUUACUCUAAAAUAAGUCCCAUGGAGCGUUGUGGGAUUUACUUCAAGAAAGUUGUGCAUAGGAUUGACAGAUCUGUAAAAUGUCAAAACCUCUGAAAUAAAGUCUGUAUUGUAAGAAAACCACUUAAGAAAUUUGAAACUUGCACAAAUUCCUUGUGUUCUUUACUACUUCAAAGCUGCAGUCCUUCUGAAAGUAAGGCCAACAGAACACAGCACAACUUAACUCUGAGGAAAUAUGUGGAGCACUCUCAAGGUGCCUUCAGCAGCUCUGUGCUAACUGAAUUUAAAUUAUAUUUAAGCGGUCUUUCAGCUUACACAAUGAGGGGUGUGUCAGAAUCGACGGUUAUCUUCUUGCUUCUGAUGCUGCAUUCAAACAUUCAGUUCUUCUCCUUAAUUGGAAGUGAAUGACUUGAUGAGACUAGUUCUGAAGAGAUCCCUUUUCAAGUUCUAUUUAUUAAACAACUUCAGUGUGCUAUGUGCUGGAAAUCUUCCAACUGAUCCACACCCUUCUUAGAGAUGCAGUUGUACUUCUUUUUGAGUUCAGAGCAAUCAAACCUGAUUUGAAUUGUUGAUUUAAAAUUGUUUGCAGUAUUGGAUGCUGUGCUAAUCUUUAAAGCAUCUGGAACUUGAAAAGGAAAUUUCACUAGUUUUACAACUUCAUCUUAUUUUUAAUAACCAUGCCAGUCUUCUGCCAAAAGCUCUCCUUCCAGUACAAUGGAAAAGGCAGAUUGCUUUGACAGGCAAGCUUUUAUUAACACAAGGAAACCUUAUGCUUUUCUCUGUGGAGUUCUCUGAUGUGAAGGAAAACAACUCCAAACACAUGGAAAAAGUAUCUUGAUUUCUGCAUGCACCAUGUCUUUCUUUACACUUUUGUAUUAAUGCAGAAUACUUUACACAUUUGUAAGCUCUACUUUCUUGUACACAUUUUGGAAUAAUAACUAAAUAUUGUUUUUAAUUAGCAGGAAACUAUUAAAGUCAAAUUCAAGAACUGGCUUAUGGAGAUGGGAAUACUGCAUUAGAAGAUAGAAAAGUGCAUUUUUAAUUUUUGAAUUGGUAAUAGUUGGGUUUCAUAUUCUUCUUGCUUCCUUUGCCUUGGGCAUCAUAAUCUACACUGAAGUCCAGUAUUGCUUCUAUCUACUUGGCCUGAAUUCUCAUAGCUUGGUUUGCAUAUUGUAUUUAACUCUUAAUAUUGCAGUGUCAGCAGUUUUCAAAUGAAAGCUUUUGACCUUGAAUUUUUUCAAGCUCUGCUCCGGAUGCCCAGUAACUAAUAAUAUAUGUUCCUCCUUGUAAUAUGACAAUAAUGGCCUUUUUUCAUAUGGAUUUGGUAAGGAUUGUAAAGCAGUCUGCACACUAUGACUUGAGUUCAUGCUUGCAUAUAUAGUACCGUUGAUGCAUUCCACUUGUUUAUAGGUCUCAUUUAGAGUUUGUUAAUAAUGCACAUUUGUGGAUAGUUCCUAUGAUGGCUAUUAUCUACAGCUGGGGGCAGUAAUGUUUCGGAAUACCAGUUGCUGGAAACUACAGGAGGGGAGAGUGUUCUUUUAUUUGAAUCCUGCUUGCAAGUUUCACACAGGCGUCUCGCACUGUGAGAACAGGAUGCUGGACAAGAUGGGACAUUGGCCUGAUCCAGUAGGCUCCUAUGUUCUUGUAUAUCUCUACAGUUCUGCAGAUUAGCUGAGAAUCGGUAUGGGUACGUGCAAAGAUAUAUCCUUUAUGCUGCUUCUCUUCUGCCUUGUGUCCGAAUUCAGCAGCAGGAUGAGUGUGUUCCGGGGUGGAGGUGCUGGUGAUAGAAAAGAGUUGGAGAAAGUUGUGCCCUUGCACGUAUCACCAUGGGCAAACUUUGAAUGGAAGGGAAGCAAAAAGGGAGCAUUUCUGCAUCAUAUUCUGUCUUCAGUUCUACGCAGUGGCGAAGCUGCAUGCUCUGGCACCGGGGACGGAGAGCAGACGGGGGCAUGGCAUGCUGCCUGCGGGGGCCACGCUCAGCGUGGUGGUGGUGGGUGGCCGCGAAGGUACCCCCCUCCCUGAUGGCGCCAGGGGUGUGGCGCUCCCCCCGUUCCUCCGCCAGUGGUUCUACGCUCAACAUGUUGGCCUACUUCUACAUGAAGUGUAGAAGUGACUACAUGGCUAGUCACUUAGACCAAAUAAUGCCACUGCUUCUAGGGUUCUAGCCUGCUGAUUUUAGAUAUUCAGAUCCCAGCAGUUUGGGCUCCACAAGCCACAGAGACCUCCUGUGUUUUGUUAUGAUCAUUAGUCAGCCUGGGGCACAUAUUAAUGCACCCCGUAUACCCCAAAUAGGAAAAUGGGGGCGCUUUCAAUAACUGCACUUAGCUUCUGGGACUUCUGAGGAAAUAAAGAAAUGAGCAUUUUUGAGUGCUACUUUUAUUUAUGUAGGUUUCAAGUCAUUCUAAUUGAUAAUUGAAUUGUAUUGACAACUGUCCUGAGGAUAAGGUUGCUGAAGGUCUAGAAAGCUGCAUUUUUGUUCUAAAGAUUUAUCCCACAUCUUUCAAUCAAAUCAUCUUCAAGACAGCUUACAAGCAACAGCUUACAUUAAUACAAACCCUCCCCCUCCCCAAAAAUGCAUACUGUAGCAGCCAUUAGCUGAUGGAUAGGUCCAGAGCAUGCUUCCCUCCAGCUCUACAGUCCCAGGGCAACUGGCAGUUGGAACUGAGUGUCUUUUCUUGCAGGAAAGUAGAUGCUUCUCUUUUUUUAUUUCUAAUAUUUUAUUAAGGAUUUUCUUGUUUUACAGAAGUAAGUGUAAUGCCUCGUAUUUUUUUUCCAUGUAACAUUUUUACAAAUCCAUUUCAUUUGUUGAGGCAUUAGGGGGAGAAGAAAAAAAAAAAGAAAGGAAAAAGAAAGGGGGAGUGGGGGGAGGGAAGAUGGGUGGGGGUGGGGUUGGGUGGCGAUGUUUCUAUUAUGCUUAAUGUAUGUAGAGUUUGGUGUCAGUGUUACUUGUGUUCCUUUGGUGGUGAGAGAGGUUGGGGUUGGCCUAGGGUGUGAUUGGCUGUGGUGAUCUUUGUUUUUGUGUGUGAGUGAGGUGGGUGGGUGGGUGUUUUGGAUCAGGUUAGCCAUAUUGAUUUGUAUGCUGUUGGUGGAUUAUUUCCAUUUUCUUGUUGGGCUGUGUAUGUGAUAAAGGGGAGCCAUACCGGGGUGAAGGCGUCUUCUUCUGUUUGUCCCCGUGUCAGUUUCAGUUUAUUAGUUAAUUUUUCUAGUAGGGCUGUUUCCCAUACUAUUUGGUACCAUUGGUCCAUGCUUAUGCUUCUUAAUUGAUUGGUGGGUGGGCCAGGUUGGUUUUCUUCUUGCUGUGAUGUUCUUCCUGGGACACUAGUCCCGUAGUUGGUGGCAGAGGCCAGAGUGUCCCUUUGCUUCAGCUCUGCAGUUCCGGGCCAGUUUUAUAGAGCUGAAAAUUCCUAAUAAAUGACAUUUGAUGUGUAAUGACUAAAAUACUUUUAAGUAAUAGGCUGAUGGAACCAAAUGGAAUGUGACUGGCAAGCUUCCCAGCUUUAAAUUGCUAUUGUUUAGCUAUUGAAUUGCUACAUAUUUGCUAUUUAAUCUCACAUCUGGAUAGUCUUGAACAUGCAAGUAGACCAGCAUUAAAUAGUUAGAGCCACUAUUUUUACAUUCCUAGUAAUUUGUUUUUUUUUUUUUUAAAUAAUUUUUAUUAAAGUUUUAAACAAAGAGAAAAGAAAAAACAACACAAAAAAAAAACAAUACAAAAUUUAACAAUAAAAACACACAACAUAACAAUUUAAAACAAACUCUCUUUUACAUUCCCAAUUUUGAAUUACUUAUUUUCUGGACUUCCUCAUACCUCCCUCUUUUGUAUUCCAAUCUACAUUAUUUGUCCAGCAAUUUCUUUUCCACUUUUUUAAACCCAAUCUUUAAUUUAAUAAAAUAUUAAACUAUAUAACAUAAACAUAAUCCUUGUUCUUAAUGUCAUAUACCUUUAAAUUUUUCCCAAUCUUAAUCUUUAAUCUUAAUCUAUCCUAGCUUUAACCUGUACAGCUGGAAACCACUUAUUUUCAAUCCAACAUCACUCUAACAUUCCUUAAUUUUGCAGUAUUUCUGAAGAUAGUCUUUGAAUUUCUUCCAAUCUUCCUCCAUCGACUCUUCUCCCUGGUCACGGAUUCUGCCAGUCAUUUCCGCCAAUUCCAUAUAGUCCAUAAGUUUCAUCUGCCAUUCCUCCAGCGUGGGAAGUUCUUGUGUCUUCCAAUACUUUGCGAUGAGUAUUCUUGCUGCUGUUGUUGCAUACAUAAAGAAAGUUCUAUCCUUUUUAACACCAUUUGGCCCACUAUGCCCAGGAGAAAGGCCUCUGGUUUCUUGGGAAAGGUAUACUUAAAUACCUUUUUAAUUCAUUAUAUAUCAUUUCCCAGAAAACCUUAAUCUUUGGGCACGUCCACCAAAGGUGAAAAAAUGUACCUUCAGUUUCUUUACAUUUCCAACAUUUGUUAUCGGGCAAGUGAUAAAUUUUCGCAAGCUUGACUGGGGUUAUGUACCACCUGUAUAUCAUUUUCAUAAUAUUCUCUCUUAAGGCAUUACAUGCCGUAAAUUUCAUACCAGUGGUCCAUAACUGUUCCCAGUCAGCAAACAUAAUGUUAUGUCCUACGUCCUGUGCCCAUUUAAUCAUAGCCGAUUUUACCGUUUCAUCUUGAGUAUUCCAUUUCAGCAGCAAGUUAUACAUUCUUGACAGAUUCUUAGUAUUGGGUUCUAACAAUUCUGUUUCUAAUUUCGAUUUUUCCACCUGGAAGCCAAUUUUCCUGUCUAAUUUAAAUGCCUCCAUUAUUUGAUAAUAAUGAAGCCAGUCUCGCACUUUGUUUUUUAAUUUUUCAAAACUCUGCAAUUUCAGUCUAUCUCCGUCUUGUUCCAAAAUUUCUCAAUAUUUCGGCCAUUUGACCUCCAUAUUGACUCUUUUCAAGGCUUUCGCUUCCAUUGGUGACAGCCACCUUGGGGUUUUAUUUUCUAGCAAAUCCUUAUAUCUUAUCCAAACAUUAAAUAGCGCUUUCCUGACAAUGCGGUUUUUAAAUGCUUUGUGUGCUUUGACCUUAUCAUACCAUAAAUAUGCAUGCCAUCCAAAUACAUUAUUAAAACCUUCCAAAUCCAAAAUGUCAGUGUUUUCAAGAAGUAGCCAUUCUUUCAACCAGCAAAAGCUGCUGAUUCAUAAUAAAGUUUAAGGUCUGGCAGGGCAAAUCCACCUCUUUCUUUUGCAUCUGUUAAAAUUUUAAAUUUUAUUCUAGGUUUCUUGCCCUGCCAGACAAAUUUAGAAAUGUCUUUCUGCCACCUCUUGAAACAGUCCAUUUUGUCCACGAUCUGCAAAGUUUGAAACAAAAACAACAUUCUAGGCAAUACAUUCAUUUUUAUCGCAGCAAUACGGCCUAGCAGUGAAAGCUUCAGGUUUGACCAAAUUUCUAAAUCUUUUUUUCACUUCUGACCAACAUUUUUCAUAGUUAUCUUUAAAUAAAUUCCCAUUUUUUGCUGUCAUGUUAAUCCCCAAGUAUUUGACUUUCUUAACCACUGUUAACCCUGUCUCAUUCUGAAACCUCUCUCUUUCAAAAGAUGUUAAAUUUUUCUCUAAAACCUUGGUUUUUGAUUUGUUCAAUUUAAAUCCUGCCACUUGACCAAAUUCUUGAAUCAGUUCUAAAACCCUUUUUGUACUAGAUUCUGGCUCCUGUAACGUCAGUACUAAGUCAUCUGCAAAUGCUCUCAAUUUAUAGUGUUUAGUUCCUACAUUCCUAGUAAUUUGAGGAAAAACCUUUGCCUACAAGCUUGUCUUGCUUUCCUGAACUGGAAAAUUCCUUCAUUUUGCAAAUACUUCCCCCUGCUGGUUGUACUUGUUCUGUAUUUAAAUCUUUCUGACCCAAUCUUCUACCAAAUUUUGGAUAACGUGCAGGACACGCUCAUUAAAAAAAUAAUAGUCAUACCUCGGGAUAAAUAUGCUUCAGGAUAAGUAUUUUCGGGUUGUGCUCCACGGCAACCCAGAAGUAACGGAGCACGUUACUUCCGGGUUUCGCUGCUCAUGCAUGUGCAGACCGUCAAAAUGACGUCACAAGCAUGCGUGGAAGCAGCAACUCGCGCAGUCACGUCUUACGUUCUAUUCAGGAUGUGAACGGGGUUCUGGAACAGAUCCCGUUCGCAUCCCGAGGUACCACUGUAUUCUAAAAUGAUAUACAACUUAAAAUAAUAAGCUUGGUUUAAGAGCAUGUGAUUUGCCUUCGUCCAUCCACACAAUUUUUUGUGUGAAUAAGAGCCACCUGCAACGGUGUCACUCAAAAAACUAGGUGUCACAGUUCCAGCUAGUUGCACUCCUUAUGACUUGCAAUUCAAGUACAGACAAACAUUUUUAUAUCUCUUGUGUAGUUGGAGCAUUUGUGGCAAGCACUAGAUAUUACUUUAUUGCAGGUUCUCCUCUCCAAAACGUUCUGUAGUCUGUCCUGCUAGUGAACACAACUAAGACAUUCCAGUUGGUUUAUGCACUGAGACUGCCUGUCUCCUCCUUGGACAAAAAAACAUAGCUUUUGUUUGUAGGAAGCUGCAGAAAUUAACAUGCUACUUGUUGACAUCCCACUUUCAUCAAGGAACUGAUUGUAUUAACAACCUGAAAGCAGUGCAGUCCCAUUAUCAACUUACCCAUAAUAAUCUUUGUGUAAUAUUUAGAAACUUCUAGAGCGAACCCGUGCAAGGAGGGAAAAUUUGCAGAAGAAGAUGGCUGGGCGGCCUACAGCAGGAGUGCGGCCUACAACACAAACAAAAAGGGGCAGAGAACCUUUGUCAGAAGCUGGUAACCAACCGCUUCAGCCUAGCGAAGAAGGUAUUUUUCACUUGCAUGAGAUCGUGUGUGAUUAUACUCAGUGUACAGGGUUUUGUGUGGGCAAACUUGUAAAGUUACUUGCUCAGUUGUCUUGCUUCUCACUUAGUAGCUAAAUGACAUUGAUAUCUAGUAAAAAUAAACAUUAUGAAGUAAUAUCAAAGCGGAUUUUAGUUAAUUAUGGGGUUGCAUUCUGGAACUAAAGUGUAACAAAUAGCAUGUAGAUUAAUGCUGAACUGUAUCAGGCAUUUUAUAAACUGUCACAUGUUUAUUUCAUUUGUAUCAUAGAAUUUAUAUAUUACUUAAUACAGUAUUCAGAAUUUCUAACUGGAAAUUGUCUAAGGAGGGGAAUCAAAGGAGGGUGAACUUUUGUUCUUGUCUGAUAGUUUUAAAUUUCUUCUUAACUGACUGUUGUAUUUACUGCCAUUGUAGCUUUAGCCUAAAAGCCAACCCACCUGAUCCGCUUUCUCCCCCAAAACAGCUACAGCAAAGGCGAGUACAAAGCCAUCACCAUCCAAAAGACGUUGUUCGGACAAUGUGGAUGUUCCACUUUCUAAUUCAGAGAAUAGGUAUCCAAUUAACUCUUCUUCAAUGGACCAUGCUGCUUCUGAAAUGGCUCCUACCUCUCAGAUUAUUGCCCCGUCCAUUGAGAUUGAAGAGCAGGAUGCGAAAUCUGAGCAAACUCCUGUUGCUUCAGUUAAAACACGCAUGCAAAAGCUGGCUGAACAACGACGCUGCUGGGACAACGGUAUGUCUGUAUUGUGCAUGAUAUGUAUAGCUUUAAAAAAUCUGCAAAGAUGUAAGCAAGGGAAAGUUCAGUAUGUCUUCAUGCCAUUGUGGUGUUUAAAAAGAGAUACCUAAUUGCAGGCAUCCAUACAUCUAAAUUUCAUAUGUGUAAAAUGUUUUCCUUGGGUGAGGGAAGAAGUUGUUUUCUGGUUCAAGCUAGUUUGGCUUGCCUGCCCAUAAGUAGCUAUACUGGUCACAUACCAUGAAUCAGUGACUUGAAAGGAAAAGGAGCUGUCAUUCCCAACUCAUAAAAAAAAAUUCUGAUCGCCUUAAGGCGAUUCUUACUUGAUGCAGACAACUGUGAAAGUUUAUCCCAUACUUUUAGCACCGGUUAAUCCUUGGUCGUUACACAAACUUGCACUAUGUCUAUUGUAUUCAGUUUCAUGGGAUCCUCUGGUACAUAGGUCAAAUAUGAAGUGUGAGUUCUCUCAUGGUUCAAAAUUCUUUGUCUCCCUUGUUGGGAGGGCAAGAAGAACAAAGUAGCCUUUCUCCCCUGUGGGUUCUUGUAAUAUUCCACAGGUGAUGGCUAUAGAUAUGUUUAGAAGUAGUUGGGCAAGCUGGCUUGCUUCAGAACAUUUUUUCUCAUUUGGUAUUUUUUUUAGUAAGAAUUGCUUUAAUAGUCGUGUGUCAUAUAGUUUCAUAACUCUGCUUCUCUGUAUUCUUAAUUUUCAGAUGUGUCUGAAAGUUCUUGUAUUUCUCCUAUUGAAUCAAACAAAUGCGUCAUUUCCCCACCCAAGCAACUUCCCCUUACAACUGAUACCCCAAUAGGUCGAAGAGGCCGUUUAGCUAACCUUGCUGCUACAAUUGGCUCCUGGGAAAAUGACCUAAGUCAUCCAUCUGCAAGGCAAAACAAUACACAAGAACAGCCUGGUACGACUUGUUUAUCCAAAUUGUCCACUACUAGUGGAGCAUCUGCUAGAAUCAAUAGCGACAGUGUGAAGCAGGAUGCUGCAUCCUGUUUGCAAAGGGCUGUUGAGCCAUCUGUGAAUAAGUCGGCAAACUCUGAGAUAUUGGUAAGUGAUGAUAUUUAAUCUGAUGUUUAUUUCUAUCAUACAGUGGAGAGGCUGACAAUAUGAAGAUGUAGCCUUGCAACCCUUCCUAGAGAACUGGCCCCAUUGAAAACAGUUUACUUUAGGAGUUGGCAUAUUUAAGAUGGUGCUAUAGAAGUGGCAGUUUCAGGAAAGGAAAUACGAGUUUGUAGAGUGCAAUCCUUAACAGACAUCAGAAUCCUAAUCUGAGUCAGGCUUUGGGGAAUUUGUGAACAAUUGUAACAUCUUUGAAAGAUAAACUAGGCUGAAAAGUCUAGUGUCAAUUAUAAAAUCAUAUAUAAGAAUACUUCACCAGGUAGUUACUUAUUGAGAUCCUCUUGUAAAUGGCAAGUAUUAAGGAAUGCACAUAAAGAUAUUACAGAGACAAUGUAAAAUUCUGAUCCCUGUUGCAAAUGGCUGUUUUAGCUGUGUUAGUGAAAACAGCAGUGGAGGAGAUGGAAGCAUUUGUUUAGCUAUCCUAGUAGAAUAAUUUAGAGCAGCAACUCCACAAUUGCUAGUGCUGCAUCUGGGAAAUCCAUUGGCAACAUUAAAAAAUUAGGUGGAUAAUAAUCUUUGCUGUCUUUCUGAGCUGAGAGUGACAACUAACUGUUCUCUCUAAUCCCCUUUCAGGGAACUAAUAAUUCCAUAGCAAAAUCUUCAGGAACAACUAGCAACCAUUCUAAGGAGACUGAGGUACCAAAACGACUGCUGCAGGAAAAGGCCAACCUUAAACCACCAUUGAAAUCUUCAUUAUCUCAGCCACUUUCUGCCAAAGAGGAGCGACUCAAGGGAACACAUGUACAAUUUGAUUCUAAGGAUAAACCAGCCACACCAGGUGAAGGGUUGCACCAUUAUUUAAAGCAGCAUAUGCUGUAGAGAUUUUAACCAGAAUUUUGUAUAGAAAAUGAUUUCUGCAAUUAGCUGAUGUAAGUGAUAUGGCCAUGUCGGAGUGAAAUUUGAACGGUUUAAGCAUACCUGGAAUAUACUGUGUGCAAAGUUUUAGCUAAGUCAUGAGAAAAAAUAUAUAUUAAUGUUUUUUGUAAUUUCACAAUUUAUAAGUCGUAUUAAAGAACUGCAAAAAUGAGCUUUAAAUAAACAGAUCCUCCAUCUGCAUAUAUGUUAAUUGGUAGUGAGUAAGGUUUCGUGUAGUUCUACACAUGAAUUGAUGGCAACUUAAGAGAUGACUUGUUGAAAUCUACUCAAAUGUAUUGGUACCAUGUAGCCUCCAUGCUACUGUGUCAGACCCCUUAAUUUCUCUAUCUCCACCUAUUCUGAUCUAGUUCAUGUUUAUUUAGAAGCAAUUCCUGGUGUGUUAAUUUGAACAUACUUUGGGGUAAUGCCUUUUGAUUUGGGAUCGCUUAAAUUCUUUUAUUUUACUGUGCUGGAAGACCUCUUUGUCAUAAGAAUUAAGACUUAUUUAAAAGGUUCCAUUUUUUUUAUUGGAGACGAAGAAUAAUUAUCUGAGCAUUAUUCAAAACUAGUUUCACACAGUUACAUCAGCCUGUGCAAUUAGGUUUCUGCCAAGAUAUAAGAGUGUCUGGAUUCUGCAUGGUGGUAUUUGAUAUUGGGCUGCAGCUUUUAAGAAAAUUUUGUGCAUUUCCAGAUGAUAAGUUUUAAAAAUGUUAAGCAGCUUAGUGUUUUCUACAAUAAAUCUGCUUUCUCACUUGGUUAUGGAUGUCUGACCUUCUGAUCUAAAUUGGAUGAAACUAACUCUUGUUGAACCAUGGGUGACAGCUUGAAAGCACUUCUGUUAACGCUUUGGAAAGCUCAUCUGUUAGGGAUUCCAGAGACCUAGAUUGAGAAUUUGUGUACCUUACCUCAGUUGCAAAAUCAGGGUCUUUUGUAUUAAAUUUUUUUGGGAUGGAUAGAAAGGGCUGUAGACAACCCUAGUCCCACUCAGAGUAGACCCAUUAAAAAUAAUGGACAUGAUUAACUUCAGACCAUUAAUUUCAAUGGGGUUAUGAGUGCAGCUUAGUUGGAUACCGCUGCAGAAUGAUGCUUGUGUGUAUAAUUAUAUCCUUUUGGGAAGUACUUAUGCUUAACUGCCCCAAUUCUCAUCAGAACAUGCUCAGAUAUGGAAUCUAGUAUAGUUGUAUAACUAUGUGUAUGAAGAAGAAAAGAAUAAUGCUGCACUUCAGUGUUACUUCUAAAUAAUGAAGAACCUAACUCGUUAAUGAAACAAAAUCCAUUGUUCUUCUAGGAGGAUCAGGGAUUAAGCCUUUUCUGGAACGUUUUGGAGAGCAUUGCCAGGAGCGUAGUACACAAAGUCCUGUUAUCACUGGAGGACACAGGACUCCCAUUAUCACUCCAAAUACAAAGACAAUCCAAGAAAGACUCUUCAGACAGAAUGAAGUAUCCUCUACUGCUAGUUUAGCACAGCAGCUCAAACAGGUAUGAAUUUCUACUUGUCUGUAAGACCAUGGAAUGAUUAGACUUGAAUAUUAGACAUCUGUUGGAGAUAUAGUGCAUAAGCUGAGACUGCAUCCACUUUUGUCUUGAAUGUUUUCAGGAACGUGAAAAAGAACUUGCAUGCAUCAGAGGCCGCUUUGACAGGGGCAACUUGUGGAGCGCUGAAAGAAAAGAGAACUCCAAGAAAAAACGCCUAGAAACAAAAUCGGUAACAUAUUGAAACUUGUUGUAAGGGAACCUGUAAGAAUGCUUUAGGUUAUUUAUUAUUAAAUUUCUUUCUAAAUCACUAUUCAUCCAAAGAUCAAAAAUAUACAGUAAAAAUCCCCUGAAAUAUUGAACAUAAUAACAGGUAAUAUUGAAUACAACUAAACUAAUUGGACACCAGUCGAAUAUACCCUGAUGACUUGACUUAAAGGCCUGAAUUAUCUUACUUUUCUAGGAGAGUUUGGUUCAGGUUAACUCAAAGCACCUUCCCAAUUCUGAUGACAACUCACAGGUAGCCGAAGAAAAGGCUGUAGAGAUAGCCGUAGAAGGCAUAACUUCUGGUAAGAAUGCUCUAUGAUAAAACUGCUCCAUGGUAAAAUUAUCUGAACAUGAAAGAAUAAGUCUGAAUCAUGACUAGUAAAUUGUUUGAUAGAAGCCUAAUUUAUGUUUCAAAGUGCCAAUAACUUCCCUUACAGCGGGUGGAAGGCGUAUGGCACUCCAUAUGCUGUUGGACUCCAUUUGCUUGCCUCUGUCAGAUUACAGGAGUCAUUGUUCAGCAUUACCUGGACAGCUGCAACUUUUCCACUACUUCUGUAAAUGCCAUGUGAGACAUACAUUUGCCCCCAUCUAUCCUCUCCCUGGGUAGAAAAUAACGCCCUGGCCUGGGUGAUUGGAUAAUUAUGAUUUCAAUCCCUGGGACUUGGAACUUUCCAAAUUCAGUAUGAAAAUGACAUAUGGGCAAGUUGGGAAGGGCGUGUGUGUGUUCACUAUAUUGUCUAUUAUCUCCAAUAUUUAUACGAAUUACUAAGAAUUGUAAGGCGUGCCUCUUAGAACUUUAGAUAGAAAUGUCAGAUUAAUAGGACUACUACAUAUUGCUCCCUGAGGAGCGAGAUUUCUCAUCAGCAAGUACAUGCUGGGUGUCUCAAAGUCUAGCCUAGUACAAGUCCAUUGUAAAAUGGCCUAAUAUAGAUUAGUUAUGAACUUUAUUUAAUAACUGCUUGCUCUACUUAAGUAACUUUUUCCUUGAAACUUACAGGCGCUUCAGAACAUGAAAAGACAGAAGAGCUCAGUCCGUUGAAAAUCUUUUCACCACAGACUCCUGUAAAAACACUUUCCACCUCAAACCUUGAACAACUUCCUGAGGAACAGAAAGGUUUGUAUUUCCUAAUUCUUUGUACUAAAUUGGUCUAGUUAUCUAGGCUUUGUGCUUCAAAGGUUGUCUGGCUUAGCCCUAAACCACUGAUGGUCUUUAACAUGCAGCUUGGCUCCUUGAUAGUGAUUGGAAAAUAUUACGUGGUGACAGUGCAUGUCUGGAAAACUGCCUUGGUCAGACCACACCUGGAGUUCUUCAUCCAGUUCUGGGUACUGCAAUUUAAGAAUGAGUUUGAGCUGGAAGGUGUGCAGAGAAGGAACAAGGAUGAUCAAGGGUCUGGAAACCAAGCCUUAUGAGGAGCAGUUGAGGGAGUUAUGUGUAGCCUGGAAAAGAGACUGAGAGGAGAUAUAGAUUUAAGGGCUGUCUUAUGCAAGAUAGAGCAAGCUUGUUUUUUCCUUCCCUGAAGGGUAGACUCAAACCAAUGGAUUUAAGUUAUAAGAAAAGAGAUUCUGACUAAACAUCAGCAAUAAACAUCUGACAGUAAGCACUGUUUGACAGUGGAACAGACUCCCAGGAGAGGUGGUGGACCUUCCUUGGAGGUUUUUAGGCAGAGGAUGGAUGAUCAUCUGUUCUGAAUUCUUGAGCUGCAAUUCCUGCAUUGCAGAGGCUUGGACUAGAUGACCCUUGGGGUCCCUAAUAUCUCUACAAUUCUAUGAUUCUAUAAGUUUAUAUCAUACCCUUCUUGAGUCACUAGACCUGUUUUUAGUAUUUGUAUGAAGAAAGGCACUAACACCUUAUCAAAGAAGGAAAUUUGGGGGAAAGGCUGUUGGCAUUCAGCGUCAGUAGAGGUCCUCCAUAAUUUUGGAGUGCAUUGUCAACAAUAUGCUGAUGACACACAGCUCUGAUCCUUUACAUUUGCAGGUGUGACAGUGUAUGGGCUAGCUUAACCUCUUGCUUCAGUAAUGAACUGGAUGAAAGCCAAUAAACUGAAACUUAAUCCAGACAAGACAGACACAGUUAAUGGGUUGUUCUCUUGAACAAACAGAUGGGAUUUGGCCUGGUCUGGAUGGAGUUACAUUCCGUCUUUAGCUAUUACUGUUGCUUGAGGGUCAAGUUGCCUCGGUGGCAUGGAGUACUGCCCAUCAAGCUUAGAGUUAGAGGACCAGCUGUGCCUUUUAUCUGGAUGGGUACAGCCUAACUUCUGUUGUGUAUACUCUGGCAAGCUCUAGAUUCGAUUACUGCAAUAUGUUACAUGUGGGACAAUCUCUAAAGAUGCCAUGGAAAGUUCCGCUGGUGCAGAAUUUGACAGUCAAAUUGUUGACCUGUGCGGGAUGGUCUGAAUAUAUAAUGCCAAUUCUGGAACAACUGCACUGGCUGCUAUUUGAGGCUCAAUUCGAAAUGCCCGCGUGACCUAUAAAGGCUUGUGUAGCUUAGGUAUUCCCCAAGGAUUGUCUCUCCCCACAUUAACUGGCCUGGACCCCGCAGUUGUCAUCUGAGGCCCUUCUUUGGUCUGGAGGAUGGUGAUACAAGAACAAUGGUGCCUCGCCAUCCUGCUCAUGCAAUGCUCUCCCCCAGGGAGGCAUGCCUGGUGCCGCAUUUAUUUGUAGGAACCUGGCUGAACCUUUCCUCUUUACCCAGGCUUUUGGCCCUUAAGUUGAAGGGUUUCAGAUAUUUGUGGCCUUUUUUGUGGGCAUGAGGCCACUAAGACCUAGAUAGGUUUUUAGACUUCGUUGCCUGUGUUUGUUUCCAUUGGUUUGAAUGUAAGCUACUUUAGGACAGUAACUAUCAUAUAUAAUAAUAGUAACAACAGUCUUUUGGUCCCUCCUGUCUCUUGUUAAUAUGUGGAGGCUUCUGUUUACCUUUUUAAAAAAAUAAAGUUAAGACUUUGUGUGUUUUACUUUCCAGACAAAGAGCCCGAGACUGAAGCGAAUGACGAAAUGAAUAGUUCACAGGUGAUAAGUGACAUCUUUGAUGAAGUUCUUCAAGAGGAUGGGCCUGACAUAGAGAAACUUAAAAAAGAGAUGAGUAUGACCUUGGAAGCUGAUUGUGAGGAUGAACAGGAGCCGCUGAAUAUUUCCUCAAUGUCCCUCCUAACACCUUUAACAGAGUCUGUUGCUGUUGCAAGUCCAGAGGUAAGAACAGAUGCUUAAUUUAAUGCUGCUAUUUGUGUAUGUCCAGGUUGUCAUAGACUCAAAUUCUAGAAAAUGAGAAAAACACACCUUCAAACUUGUAAUUCUCAGUUUGAUAUUAAAAUCCAAGUCUCAGCAUUAUAAUGUCGUAUUUCUUCAAAUUUUAAUUACACAUAGAAUGAUCAAAGAUCUAUGUCUCUUCCAGGUUUUUGCAUCCCCAUGUAAAUUGGUUGAUGAGGGGAGCAAUGCAAGUGAUGAUAGUCCAAAGUCCAACAACUUUCAAAGAACAUCUGUCUGCAGAACUGAAUCUGGAAGCAGCAUUGGGUCCUUGUCAGAGGAGCGUAAUCUGUAUAGGUAACCACUUGGCUAAGCAUUCUAUUCGGCCUCUUAAAUUUUAGUACAAUGCAGAGAGAGGACUAAAACAGCUAAGACAAGUGUGGGGAACCUUUUUCAGCCUGAGGGCUACAUACACUUCUGGGAAACCUUAUGCAGAGGGCUGGAUUCAGAUGUCAGUGGUGGGAGAUAAAAGAGCCAGCAAUUGUACUUGUGGCUUAUGGAGAGUCUUGGGAACCAGAUAGAGAAUCCCCUGGGCCUGAUAUUCCCCACGCUUGAUUUAAGGCUAAUCUAGAUUUCUUUCUGGAAAAUGGCCUCAUGGGAAAAGUAGAAGGGCAGCACUUUUGCACUUCCUGAAACAUUGACUUAGUCAUCAUUGUGUCUUUGAAUAAAUCCACAUUGCUAUAAUCUUCCUAAGGGUGGUCCUAAAAGCUGGUUGUGCCUCUAUCUCAAUUUGGUCAGGAUGAGUCAAUCUCUGUUGUAAACCCUUUCUUGCCUCUGCACUUUCUUAACUUAAUUUGGUCAAAUACUUUGCUCUGUAUCUUUCUAAAACUGAACUUUUCUUUUGAAGUAUCGAUGCCUAUCGAUCACAGCGAUUUAAAGAAGUAGAUCGUCCUUCAAUAAAGCAAGUGAUCGUUCGUAAAGAAGAUGUUUCUUCCAGGCUCGAGGAGAAAAGGAAUGGAACGUCUGAUCAAAUUAACAUCAAACGCAAAUUACAGGUGCUUAGAAUGCUGCCUUCCAAUCCUAGAGAACUGAUUUUUCAUUCUAUCCAUUUAAUUUUUCCUACAAGGAUUAUAAACUGCCAACAUACAUACUUUAGGAGUAAAAAUGAAGUUACCUGGGGCCACUAGCAGUUUGGAUUUCAGCAUAGUUUUUGAAUGCCAGGUUAGAAUUAACUAUGGCUAAUAGUCCAUGGUUGAGAGAAUUUACUCAUAAGGAGGAAGUGUAUAAUCCUGCAGUCCAAUCCUGUAACUGGAUAACAUGAGCAGAGCUAUGUCUGCACCAGCCUAAAUUGCUGAUGAGAAACUUCAGGGUGCAUGUGUUUCCAAAGAAACUGAAGGAAAUGUGACAAAAUAAUGGUUUGAGGUUUUACUAAGUCUGCUUAUCUGACUACAUGUUUAGGAGCUGAAUAAUGAGAUCAAUCUGCAACAAACAGUAAUACAUCAAGCCAGCCAAGCUCUAAACUGUUGUAUUGAUGAGGAACAUGGGAAGGGUUCACAAGAAGAAGCAGAAGCUGAGAGACUACUUCUCAUUGCAAGUAUGGUGGUUGUUUAAAGAUGGCUUUCUAUGUAAAUAACAUAACAGGCUUUAUUGCCCAAAAGAUCACACUAGACUGUAUUAAGCAUACUGUAUUCUUCUUUACUCAAAGUGAUUCUUCAGCAAUAAGCUACCUCAUCUAAAUUUUCCAUGCAUAAAAGAUUUGAAGAAAGUGUUAGAGCAAUGUGCAAUUGAUCUAUGAAAUUUUCUGCCAUCCUGUGGUGAUGGCUAUAAGAACACCCUAAAACUUUAUGAAGGCUAGUUCUGUGAAUGAAUGUUGGCUUGCCCAAAGCCUCCAUUUACCUCUGAAUAUCACCUGCUAAAAGCAAAUCCUUAAGGCCAUCAUUUUUCAUAUAUCUAACUGACUUCUAUUCGAAAUGAGUUCAUUAGAUGGAGGUUGGUUUUGAUCCAACAAUGGGAUUCAAUUUUAAACAUUUUGUGGGACGUGUCUGUGACUUGAAAACAACCUGUAAUUGGUUAUGAAACAUAUACGUAACUACUUUAUUUUUUAUGUUUGUACAGCUGAAAAAAGAACAGCAUUAUUGGAAGAGCUAAACAAACUAAAAAAUGAAGGAUCUCAAAGCAAGAAGAUUAAAGCUGAUUCAAUGCCUAGUGGAGUUUCCCCAUCCAGGGGCUCUGUUACUCUGUCAGAAAUGCGCCUACCUCUAAAAGCAGAUUUUGUAUGCAGCACUGUCCAGAAAUCAGGUAAUUCCUUUUGCUGUGCUUGUGUGGUUGGAAUUAUGGUUUAGUGUAGCAGCUGAUAUAGAGAAGGACCUAUAAGUCAGGAAGUCUCUGGCUUGCAGGUCACAUCUUCCAGGAGUUCACUAAUUGCUCUUGGGAAAGCCUCUCAAGUCCAUCUUCAUUUGAACUGGAAUUUUAGAGCAGAGUUACCUUUCCUUACAGCAUUCUGUGUUUGCAGUACUCCUUUUUCUUCUUAAGGUGUAGAUCAAGCAACAUUUCUUUCAUCCACCCCCAAAUCUCCUAGCUGAAUUUUCCCCAAAUUAAUGCUGUUGCAUUCCAUUCUCCAGUGAUUGGCAGUUUAUGUCCCAAUAAUCAACUUCAUACCUCCUCUUUUUCUUUUUCCACCACCAUUUUCCUCUUGCUUUCCUUCUCUUUUCAUAUUUAGAUCGCUUUCCCCACAUUCCUGAAGCCAUUGUACACUUUAAUCACUGUGUUUAAGCAACUUAAGCUGCUGUUUUUAAUGCUCAAGAUACCAACUACUACUGUGGCCUUAUAUCUGAUGCCUUCAGCCUUUGCUGCUGCUGCUACAUUGGUCAUGUGAAGGCAGUUGAAGGCAGCAGCAGCAAUAGUAGUGAAGACAGGCAGUAGCAGAAGAAGCCAAUUGUUGCUGCAGAAGUGCUUUAAUGAGUUAGAAGUACUAAUAAUUGAAACAAAACAGUUUUUGGUUGAGUACUUCCCAGAACUGUGAAUAUAGUGAAAUUAAGGAGCACCUGAAAAAUGCUAGGAAAACAAUAAUGGUUUUUAAAAAACAGAACAAAAUAACCUACCACUUUUUAUAUUUGGGUUGGUGUAGGCAGAUAUACAGUGCAAUCAUAUAUAUGUCUCCUUAGAGGUCAGUCCCAUUGUGUUCAGUGGACUUACUAUGAGUUAAUUGGUAUAGGAUUGCAACUUUUGUGAUCUUGCCUUGUGUGCAGUUUUGACUAAAAUACUUCCAGCUUCUCCCUGAGUUUCAUCAUUUCAUUUGAAUAACACACCACAUUCCAUUUUACAAAAUCUUUAAAUCACUGUGAAACUUGAUCCUCCCAGUUUAAAUAAACUGGCUUACAAACCAUAAAAAAUAAACAUAGGUGCAUUAAACUGUGCAAUAAGUUGAUUGGAGGCAAAAAUGCUGAACCACUUUGUUCUUUAAUCUUUUGUGUUAGCUGCUUUUGUAAAACAGAUUAAGAGAGACUGCUUAAACUAUUCACAGAAACAGCAAACUACUACUACGUAAUAAUGUUAAAAGCAGGAGCAGAAAACAUGGUUGCUACACCGUUAGCAAGUACUGCAAGUUCCCUGAAUGGUGGAGAUGCUCUUACUUUCACUACUACUUUUACACUGUAAGUACUUAUUUGUUUAGCUAUUUAAUUUUAUUCUUCUUUAUAACAAUGUUAUAUGCUAACCAUUUGUGCCCUCCAUAGCUGUUGACAAUCACAACGAAGCGUUAAGAACAAAGCUUAGUUUAAAAACACAGCAGCAGCUUCAAAAAAUAAAGUUCUGGAGAUCCAAAAGCACAUUUAAGGAAAACUUUAUUCCUCCAAAAAGAAUGCUCUCUCUCUCUCCCACCUCAACCCAGUCUUCCUCUUUUCAGAUACUGGGAAGCGGUAGAUUAGCUGCAGUCAUUUUAAUUAGGAUGGCGCAUAAGAAAAUAGUGAGUGCUUGCCUGUCUUUCCUACACCUUAAACUGCAGGACUGCUGUCUCUGGUGCCCUUGCACUCCAAAAUACAGUGGUGCCUCGCAAGACGAAAUUAAUUCGUUCUGCGAGUUUUUUUGUCUUGCGAAUUUUUCGUCUUGCGAAGCACGGUUUCCCAUAGGGUAUUAACGGUUUUAAGAAAAAGGAAACAAACUUGCAAGACGUUUUCGUUUUUCGUCUUGCGAAGCAAGCCCAUAGGGAAAUUCGUCUUGCGAAGCAACUCAAAAAACGAAAAACUCUUUCGUCUUGCGAGGCAUUCGUCUUGCGAGGUACCACUGUACACUGCUUUGUUCCAGCUGGAGAAAAAUAGCAGCUCAAUAUUUGUGUACAUGCUUACUUGUCUGCUAUACAGCUGUCUUUGAUAUUGGGCUGCUAGUUUGGGAGUGGUUCCUACUUGCCUAAAGUAAAAUGGCAGGGGUCUCAAGCCCACUUUUGACAAACACUAUUGAUUCUGAACUCUUAUUAAGCUUUCCGCAGGAGUUUGAGAGAAAAGAAUUAAUCCCAUAUGCUUCAGAAGUCUGACGUUAAUCUUGGCUGGGGGAUGCUUGAGAGCGAGAGCAGCAGAGCUCUGAAUACAGCAGUGAAAGCUACCCUAAGAUGGUCUUCCAAAAUCUUACAGGCUUACACCUGGUCCUGAUGUUCCGUAAGACAAUCAGGAAAAGACAUACUUGUCAAGCUGUUUGCCAGGAAGCCCUGGACUGCCUGAGGUUGCCCUCUGCUUUUUUUGCGGCCCUUAGACAGGCAUAGAUCCAGUAGGAGCUACCACAGCUUCUGUUGCGAUUUAUUUGAUUUAUAAAACUUGACUUGGAAACUGUAUUAGACUUAGGAAUUGAAUUGAACCCUUUCUUCCAUUUUUUUUAAAGGCAAGAUGUGGCCAGUGACUUUGAGAUAAACGUUGAAGUUUAUAGCUUGGUAUGUAUCUCUCAUCUUUCGAUGGGCAUCUAUUUUGAGAGAACACUUGGGGGUUGCAAUAGACUCUUAACAUCUCUCUUUCAUUUAUUAGGUACAGAAGAAAGAAUCCACAGGCAUUGAUAAAAGGAAAAAAUCAGCUAAGUCAAAGGUAAAGGGAAUAAUUGAAUAAAUUGGUGAUGUUAAUCUGUGCUAAAAUACUUUAAUACAGAGGGAAGAACACUUUUUCAAAUCAAUAUGACACAAUAUCCUUCUAAAACAAAAAUGUUCUUUAAGCAUAUUAAGAUUAUAGUCAAAUUUACUACUCUGCCUUUGUGAACUGAUGGCAGAAUAAAUCUUGAAGUGCUUCAGCUGAAUAACUUAAGUUCAGUCAUCUUGCACAGCAUAAUGUCGGUUCUAAAAUUUUACUGCCUGUGAAUAUUUUCCAUAAUUGCAUCUAGUACAUGGUUUUUUCCUCUUUUUUUGCUUCUUUGAUGCCCUGUUGUCGCUUGUCUGGGGACGUCAUUCAAAUUGUAACUCAGUGCCCUAUACUGCAGCCAUGUUGGCUGGUGGCAGGGUUGUUUAAAAGUGGAAAGAGUUCAUAAUCAUGUGACAGGAACACGACAAAUUUUGUGAAUGAUUGGAGUAGUAUAGAGUGCUUUAAGCAAAGUGGAGCAUCUUGUUCCUUUUGUGGAGUUGCUCUCAGGAUCCUUCUGACAGCAACUCCACUCCGCAGUUGGUAGUAGAAAGACCCUGUGGUGGGAGGGACAAUCCAGCAGACUCUGAGGUGGUUUUCACCUGCCCGCCUCACCUGUAAUCUUUCCCAUGGAACAGGAUGGUAGAUCACCCUGUUGGAGUGGGGAAGAAAAGUUCACCCAGAGCUGGGCCUGAUUUCUUCAAUAUGCGCUGCUUGCGCUUCUAAAAAUGUAUUCCCUGAGAAAUUAAUAACCUGAAGAUUCCAAACAAAUGCCAUCCACAAUUGUGAUGUGUAUGCAGAUGGACUCUAUGAAGUAUGUAUUUCUAUACAGCACUGUGUGUGUGUGUGUGUGUGUGUGUGUGUGUGUGUGUUUGGAAGUACAUCUGUUUUGGAUGCUAACUGCUGACAAACGUAGCUAAUUUGUUAACCUUGCUUUAAAACCUAGAUGCUCUGCUGUUGUGAGGUCUUUAACAGCCCUGUAUAGAAUAUAACAUUUAGAGUGCAUUUGUCUCUUCUCUAAUCUCUUAGGCUAUUACUCCAAAGAGAUUACUGACAUCUAUUACUGCCGUAAGUAUUAAUAUUUGAAUGAUUUAAAACACACACACACAUAACUUACCUGUGACCAAGGCUUUUAUUUCUAGCAAGAUAAUAUGCUAGAGAUCAUAGUUACUUGCUUUUACCAUACCUGUUCCGUAAACGAUCAGUAACUUUCAGCCUUUCAGAUGCAACCCCCCAUCAAGUGCACUGUGUAAAAUGUUCUUUUAACAACCUGUUUCCAUGUGUUUUUCUUUUUUUUGACAGAAGAGCAACCUUCUUACGCCAGGUAAAAUUCAUUGUUUUUAUUGCUUUAUUGUCCCAUUUGCCAUGAAUUGUUUUAUGUACACUACUAAAAGCAAACAAUUAAGCAGUGUAUAUAUAUAAAUGUACUAAAUAAGUAAAAAUAAGCAAAAUAUAUUUAUAAUAAGUAAAUAAAAGUUUUGUCUGUAGAUGGCGCUUUUGUAUGUUGUCACAGAUGCCAUCUUAAAGGCUGCUUCUGCUCCUGUUUGAGAGGAGGGGAAAUACCUCUUCUAAGAGGGUGCUGACCAUCUACAGUUUUUAUUGCUUACAAAUAUUUGGCAACAUUUAAAAAAAAUAAGGGAUUCCUUCUUAGUUGAGAGAGAGGUUUUUAAUUGGUUAGAAUUUUUCUUUUCUUUACAGGUAUGUUUAAAUUUAAGGUAUACUUAUUUUUUUUCUUUACAGUCAUGGCAAGUCCAGGUGGACCCAAUGCUGUGCGCACAAGUAACUUUGUUCUUGUUGGUUCACACACAAUUUCCCUAUCUUCAGUUGGGAGUACCAGAUUCUUGCUGGACAAGGUAAUCAACAUUGAUUCGUUUUUUCAAUAUAUUUUAGUAUGGAGGUUUAGCUUAGUGCUUUCCUGCAUUGCCACCCGACUUUCUUGCCCUUGUAGGCAACUGAGUGUUAAUCUCUAUGCUUGUAUCCAUGCAUGAAAAUACUCAACACGUACAUGAUUGCUUUAUUGCUUAAAUGGCUGUGCUGUAAAGUAAAUAAUAGUCUUUGCUGGGAACUAAAAUGUCUCCAAAAUAGUUGUCCAUUUAGGAGACAGUAUCCUGAGGAUGGGAGGGGUGGAAUUCUUUAUCAUUGAUUCCUAAUUGUAUUUAAAACAGAGGCUUCUGGAAAAGGCAAGUCAAUGCUUAUAUAGUUGCCAUUCCUCUGCCUGAGGAGAUUAAAAUGUUAAUAGCUUAAGAAUGUUGAUCUACUGCUGCUUUUCUUAAAAUUGGGGGGGGGGGUGUCUUGAAGCCUAACGCAGGGAUUACUGGGCUUUCUAAAGAUUAACUGUAGGUCUUAGAAAUUAAAGAUUUCUUGGCCAUUCCUGAGCAGUUUGUUUUUGUAAUAAUGGAGGUGCUUAGUAGUUGGAAAUGCAAAUGCACAGCCUAAACACACUAGCUGUCCUGAUGGUUCUCAUUCACACUACAGUGGUACCUUGGUUUACAAACUUAAUCCGUUCCGGAAGUCUGUUCUUAAACCGGAACCGUUCUUAAACCGAGGUGCGCUUUCCGUAAUGAGGCCUCCCACUGCUGGUGCCCUUCCACUGUUUGGCUUCCAUUCUUAGACCGAGGUAAAGUUCGCAAACCGGGACGGUACUUCUGGUUUUGCGGAGUUCGUAAACCGAAUAAUUUGUAAACAGAGCUGUUCUUAAACCGAGAUACCACUGUACUAGGAGCUUAAACUGGGAAACUAAAUUUCACAUUUGAUAUACUGUAUUUUUCGCCCCAUAGGGCACACCUAGUUUUUUUUGGGGGGGGGGGAAUAAAGGGGGGGAAAAUUCCCCCCCCCAGGCGCGGGGCUGGGCAGCCCCCAGAACAAACAGCUCUCUGCAACCCUUGGGAGACCGGCGUGACUUUGCGCCGUGCUCCCAAGGGUUGCGGAGAGCUCCCCGAAGCCCGGGGCGAGCUCCGCGGGUUUCGGGCUGCAGGCUGCUGUCCGCAAGCCUCGGGAGCCUGGCGGGAACUCCUGCGGGCUCCCAAGGCUUGUGGAUAGCUUCCUGAAGCCUGGAGAGCGAGAGGGGUCACUGCGCACCUACCCCUCUCGCUCUCCAGGCUUCAGCGAAAGCCUGCAUUCGCCCCAUAGGACGCACACACAUUUCCCCUUCAUUUUUUGGGGGGGGGAAAGUGCGUCCUAUAGGGCGAAAAAUACGGUAUACUAUGAAGCAGGAGCUUCACUUGUAAGCAUGUGUGUGUUUCAGCAAUUCCUUGGCUGUCUAGUACAUCAAACCAUUUCUGCAACUUGCUUUAUUUCUUUCAGUAGGAAACUGACCAGCAGUUUAGGUUGGGUAUGUCUCUCUGAAGUUCAGCUUAAAAGCUGAAACAGAAUCUUGCAAGGCACAUAAUUGGUGUUAUGCUGCUGUUUUUAUCUUUUCCAUUUUGUUUUGCUUUUAGUUGCAUUCAGCGUCGCUCAUUUCCUUUUUCCUAGAUAAAUUAUGGAAUUAAAGAAAAAGAGCUGUUGGGUUCUUUGUUCCAGGAUAAGGUUGCUAUGUUUUCUUCCAAAACAGUUCCCAGUGCAUGCUGCUUAUGUCAUCACUAAACUUUGCUCAUUGCUGUACUGACACGCUGCUUUAAGGACCACGUUAAGAUUCUCAGAAGUGGAGAUUUGGUAAAUGAAAGUUAACUUUUAGGAAGAAUGUCAGGUGGGGUUUUGUGUGUCAAGCAGAUCUCUUGGAGCCUGACUUUUGAACACACUAUCCUGUGUGUAUAAAUUUCCUUGGCUAUGUAAAUAGCGGCCAAUUUCAUGAAAAACUUAUGUUGCUGAGAGACAUUCUCAUUUUUCAACAUUGUAUGUAUCCCUUUUGGCUUGAAGCUCUGGUUUGGCUUUACCUUAAUCAGAAGCUAAAACAGGACACUGUAAAAUUUGUGAAAUUUAGCUUACUCGUCUUGUUAACCCACCUUUCUGAAAUUUGGGCAGUACAAUACUAUUUCUAGUUUCUACUAAGGUAAGAGUAAAUUGCAGUAUUAGCAGGUUCUGUUCGUUUUACUUUAAAGAGCUGGUGUUAGAAGUAUGGCUGGUAACUUGGGAGGCAUUAAAAAUAUAUCUAAGUUGUCAAAACGAGAAUGGCCUAGAUAGCAGGUGCAGAACCUCCCAAUAAAUUACUCUUGUAUCACUUUGGCACAAGCUUUUUUGGCUUUUGCUACAAAUGAUGGCUUCAGUCCAUUAUUACCUUCAGUGCACUUGUGCAGGUAUUACUUGUUCAUUGUCCUUGUACCAAGGGGAUCUUAUAUAUAUGCACUCUAACUCAUCAUGGAAAAGCAAGGAAAACCUGUGUGACACAGGGUUUCAGACAGCAUGCUCAGCUGUAGUAUUAAAUUCCAGUUAAUUUGUUAAUGAUAACUGUUGAAAUUCUGUGUAGUUCUUAUUUUAUCAAGAUUUAUUGGCUGAAUUCUGCACUUCGUUUUGGGGAAAAUGUAAGUGUAAAAAGAAAAAAAUCUACUCAUGUUAAAUUACUGAAGCUGAAAUAAAAGGAAAAUAUUGAUAUGCAAGCCUGUAAGGAUUUGGCCCACCCUUAAUACAGUGGUACUCUGGAUGCGAACGGGAUCCAUUCUGGAGCCCCGUUUGCAUCCUGAAGUGAACACAACCCGCGUCUGCAUAGCGCACAGCUUCCACACAUGUGCGUGACGUCAUUUUGAUCGUCUGCGCAUGCGCGAGUGGCGAAACCUGGAAGCAAUGCGCUUCGUUGCUUCCAGGUCGCCGCGGAACGCAACCUGAAAACGCUCAACCUGAAGCUACUUCAACUCAAGGUAUGACUGUACUAGAAGAACUUUCUUUGUUGGUGUUGGUGACAUCACAAUUAAAAAGAGGAACAUUUAAGUAGGUGUGCAAACCAUAUUGCAUUUUAGUUGCAUACAGAACAGUUUGUCACUUACUUGCUUUCUGAAGCGAUUAGCCUCUUGACCACUCUGCAACAAUCAUUUACCUUUGCUUAUAUCUACAUUUCCUGUUACUACUGCAGAAUAAUAUAGACUGAGGUUACCUAACAGUACCUACUAAAGUCUGCCAGCUUUUGUUAUAAGCAGAAAUGAAAUUGACAUCCGAUGCAAAUUCCACUGGAUAUAAGCCACCAGUGACUUGUAUGAUAUAUAGACUGUGUAAAACAUGCCUGGCAUGUUAUUACAGACUGAAAAAGAGAUUCUUCAGUGCUUCAUUUAAAAUGAAAGAAAAGAUGUGGGAAACGGCGUAAAUUAUUCUCUGUGCGUGAAUGCAGAUUAUUCUAAAUGUGUGCUUAAAAGCAAACCCAUUGGCAUCUUGAAUGGCCUGUGCAAUAGAUUUGGGACUGAAGUAAAUUCACAACUGUAUUUCUAAAAUCUAUAUAGGAAUGCCAUAUCUGCAUCUGGAAUUGUAGUGUUCCAAGUACACAGCUACCAAAUUGAAGCUCUUGGAUCAAUUUAAAACCUGGAACUUGUCUUGCUUUAUCUUUGCUUAUACCAUACAGUAUUUACAGAAGAGUUAAAGCAUACUAUUAAAUUCACUUCUGAAAAUGUGCUGAUUUAUCAGAGCUGAAUUCGGAGUGUCAUGUUGCUUCAUAAAAGCAAUGAAUGGGUGUGCUGUACUGCUUUGCUAUUCAUUUGGUUUUUGAAUAUGUACAAAGUAUCUACUGAAAUUGGCUGUAGUGACAUGACCAAACUUUGGAAAGCCUGUUUGGGUCCUUGAAGUGUGCUGUCAGUAUUCCUGGGAGAAGUGGACUUCUUGCUUUGUGCUGUGUUUUAUGUCUUGCUGGAGGUGAUGGCCUCUGCUUUUGGAUGUUACUUGGCUGUACUGGCUAUCCAAUAAUAAGAACACACAAUACCACAACUAACAUGAGUGAGGUUUUCUUUAAAAAAACAAACCCACAGUAUGAGUGGGUUUUGUGUUUGAAAAAAACUAGGCUGUAAGCCUUCAAGCUCGCUGGUUGAAGGUCUUUUGCAUCCGUGAUAGAUCAUGUAGCUAUGUUACUUAGAGGCUGGGGAAGAAUCCUAUAUCUGGUGCUACUAGUGUACCUCUGAUGAAGCAAUGGGCUUCCUGAUGUAAGGACCUGGUCUUUUGGUGAAUACAGUGGUACCUCGGGUUACAGACGCUUCAGGUUACAGACUCCGCUAACCCAGCAAUAGUGCUUCAGGAUGAGAACAGAAAUCGUGUUCCGGCGGCAGUGGGAGGCCCCAUUAGCUAAAGUGGUGCUUCAGGUUAAGAACAGUUUCAGGUUAAGAACGGACCUCCGGAAUGAAUUAAGUACUUAACCCGAGGUACCACUGUAUUGGAUUAAGGUAAAGGUAAAGGUACCCCUGCCCAUACGGGCCAGUAGUGUCCGACUCUAGGGUUGUGCGCCCAUCUCACUUAAGAGGCCGGGGGCCAGCACUGUCCGGAGACACUUCCGGGUCACGUGGCCAGCGUGACGAAGCUGCUCUGGCGAGCCAGCACCAGCGCAGCCCACGGAAACGCCGUUUACCUUCCUGCUAUAAAGCGGUGCCUAUUUAUCUACUUGCACCCGGGAGUGCUUUCGAACUGCUAGGUGGGCAGGAGCUGGGACCGAACGACGGGAGCUCACCCUGACGCGGGGAUUCGAACCGCCGACCAUGUGAUCGGCAGGUCCUAGGCGCUGAGGUUUUACCCACAGCGCCACCCGCGUCCCACUGUAUUGGAUUAUUUCUUCUCAAUUUUCUUCCCCUCCCCAAUGGCUUGGGGAUCCUCCCCAAGGGAUCCCUUAAUCCUAACCAGAGUGCAUAUUGUAGCACACAUUGGAUAAUCCCAGGAGCAUAAUUGGAUGCAAUGGUACUAAGUCAAUCAUGCAUGUAUAUAUGGUACAAUUGCCUCUGCUGAGGACUAGGGUGAAAAUCAUGUGUGUAAAAUAUUCUGCUUUUAAAAAAGCCAAAAACAGUAUUGCUAAACUUGGUAGAAUAGAUCUUCUUACUGAACCAUGUGUAUUUUAACAACCAUGUCAAGCCUUGUCCUCGCAAUGUUUUCCCAUCUUACCCCCUGACUUUCUCCAGCUUGGUGGCAAUUCUAGGGAGCCUUGCUUCUGGUUUUCUACAGCCUCUGACCAUUACCGGUAAAUGGCCAGAGACAACUUCCUCUUCUCAAAAGCUUCUGGAAUCUAAGCAUUCAAACUUUCAGCUGACAUAUGUGUGAAGAAGGUUGUGCUAUAUCUGAGAUUAAUGAUGCUCACAAGUGACUGUGUUUUUUUGUCUUCAUGUAGAUAUGGCUUGUUAAAGAGAAAUACAAUUCUGAGAAUCUUCCAUCUAUUUCUUUUUCAGGUUCCUUUUUUGUCUCCCCUGGAAGGUCAUAUCUAUCUGAAAAUUAAAUGUCAAAUAGACUCUUGUGUGGAAGAGAGAGGUUUUUUGGUAAGUUAUCAGUGAAUGCAAGUAUAGAUCUAUAUCACAUGCACACACUGUUCGUGGCAAGAUGAAAAAAAAUAGGUAUAUAAAAUGAGAAUUCCUGCAUGCCAAGGUUAAGGUUUGGGGCAAGUACUCUUUGGUGAGAGAACUGCAGCAGAGAUUGUUGUUGUUUAGUCAUUUAGUCGUGUCCUACUCUUCGUGACCCUAUGGACCAGAGCACGCCAGGCACUCCUGUCUUCCACUGCCUCCCGCAGUUUGGUCAGACUCACGUUUGUAGCUUUGAGAACACUGUCCAACCAUCUCAUCCUCUGUCGUCCCCUUCUUCUUGUGCCCUCCAUCUUUCCCAACAUCAGGGUCUUUUCCAGGGAUUUUUCUCUUCUCAUGAGGUGGCCAAAGUAUUGGAGCCUCAGCUUCACGAUCUGUCCUUCCAGUGAGCACCCAGCAGAGAUAGAAAAUCAUAAAAUAUGCAGCAAAGAAAGGGGGGGGGAGGCUGUUGGACUUUUAAAAUAUAUACCCUUGUGAAUUCCAAAACUUCCCUCUUCACCCAGCAUAGAAAAAGACCAUGUUUGGUUUACUUACAAUCUCUUUAAAGAGCAGGUUCAUGAGCUUUUUCCCCAUACAUCAGUCAGAAAAGCUGCACAGGCAGUAAAACAUGACUUACUUGCAAAGUGGUGAACGUUCCUAAACUAUUGGUAUAGGAACUCGAGAGACUUGUGAGAACUAUUCACAUGCUGAAUCCAUCAGGUAAACUGAAGGGGAAUAAAAGCUUUGAUUACCUAGUCUAUCCCAAGGUGCGCUAAACAUGGCAGGAUAACUUACAGUAUGUAGACUUAAGCAUGCUGGUUAGAUGAGGCUCAUUAUCCCAGAGACACACACACACACACACACACACACACACACACUUGUCAAGCUGAUCCUUAACUGGAGUGAAAUUCUAGAAUUGUCCUUAGAAGUUUAUCCUGAUAUACAGGGUUAAUCAAAGCUUAUGUACAUGGCAAACCAUUCUGUAAGCCUUGUGUGACUCUUUAGGUUCUGGCUAACACAGCAGGGCUAGACUUAUUUCAAAAGUCCUUUAAAAGCAGUUAUUAAUGUGAUCAUGGCUGUUAAUCCACAAUUAUUAGUUUAGCUGACCUGUUACUGCUGGAUCCAGCAGAUGGCACCAUGUGCUAUAUAAAACCACUGACAGUCCCAAGAUAGGAAUAUCUGUGUAUGUUAGAAUUGUGCUGCAUUGAUUAUAUCUUAAGAAAGGCACUAUCUGAAGGAUGCAGUAAAGUCUUUAGACAUGCCACAGGAAAAUAACAUAAAUUUUAGAAGUGUGUAUUGUGAUUUUAUGGUACCUUUUAUCAGUUUAUGGGACGCGGGUGGCGCUGUGGGUUAAACCACAGAGCCUAGGACUCGCUGAUCAGAAGGUUGGCGGUUCGAAUCCCUGCGGCGGGGUGAGCUCCCGUUGCUCGGUCCCUGCUCCUGCCAACCUAGCAGUUCGAAAGCACAUCAAAGUGCAAGUCGAUAAAAAGGUACCACUCCAGCGGGAAGGUAAACGGGUAUCCGGGCGCUGCUCUGGUUCGCCAGAAGCGGCUUGGUCAUGCUAGCCACAUGACCCGGAAGCUGUACGCCGGCUCCCUCGGCCAAUAAAGCUAGAUGAGUGCCGCAAUCCCAGAGUCGGCCAUGACUGGACCUAAUGGUCAGGGGUCCCUUUACCUUUUUAUCAGUUUAUUUAAAAAAGCAGGAUGGAAACUCCAGAUACUCUCAGGCGUGGAGUGCUGGCUUCUUCAAGGCCCAUUUAUGAGACUUGGGAGAGUUGGAGUGGGCAUACUUGCUGAGAUGUAUAUGGGUGGGCAGAGAAAAGUGGCAACAGGAGCUGCAGUGUUUUCAGUUGCUAAAAAUUCAAGGAAACCUGUUGGACUUAACUUGUGAAGAAAUGUGUCAGAAUAGCAUUGGUGUUCAAUGAUCUUUCUCUCUCCAGACUAUGUUUGAAGAUGUUAGUGGCUUUGGGGCCUGGCAUCGGCGCUGGUGCGCUCUUUCUGGAAACUGCAUCUCCUACUGGACUUACCCGGAUGACGAAAAACGAAAGGUGAUUAUUGUGCUAAAAAGUACUUCAGCUAGAGGCUGUCUAGAUUUUGUUCUAGCCUGAACUUCUGCAACAUUGAGACCUUUUUGUCAGGCUUUACUUCAGCUGCAGUAAUUCAGUAAUCCAUGUGUUGCUGUAGCAGCAUUGCUUUGUGGCUAGACCUACUGCUCUAUAACAUUUGUUAAAAAGACUAAGUGGUGUGAAUGACAUCACAUCUUCCUGCGCAGCUUUUGGAGGCAGCUAUGGGCACCCUGUCAGGAAUUAAAUCCUCCACAUUGAGGCGGAGACUGAAAUGCUAUCUUUAAAUUCCUUAUUUAAGUAUUGUGAACACUUGGGUUUUUUUCUUUUCCUUUCAGCAACCAAUGGGUUCAAUAAACCUGGCGAACUGCACUAAUCGUCAGAUCGAACCAGCUAACAGAGAGUUCUGUGCUCGGCCAAACACUUUUGAGCUCAUUACGGUUAGGCCUCAGAGAGAGGAUGACAAGGAAACACUCGUCAGUCAAUGCAAAGACACGCUCUGUGUUACCAAGUAAGUUACGUUGCUUGAUUUUAAUCUUUUCUGGAUGGGUAGUAAUGUUAGUCUGUUGGUGCAAAGCCAAGUAUUGAAACACCUUAAAUAUUAAACCAAUUUAUUUUAGUGCAAGUUUCCAUUAAACCAUAUCCCAUAACGUGGGUGUCUUGGUCUUGCAGAAGAUGUUCUGCCCCUGCUAUUAUGCUUUAUGCAGCACUGAUUGCGGCAUGCUAACGAUCAACAGUUCCUUAGGGCAGCCUUCCCAAACCCAGUGCCCUCCUGCCAUCCUUGACCAUUGGGCCAUGCUUCCUAGGGCUGAUGGGCAUUGGAAGGCACCAGCUUCGGGGAGGCUGGCCUAAGUUUACUAUUUUCCUAAGAUCAGUGCAUAUUACUUCUUCAUUUCCAAUUAAAUUUGGAUUCCUUUACUUGGACAGCAGGUAUGAUAUCUGCAUUCUUCAGUCAUGAGGGUGAUUUGGGAACUUUGCUAUUACAGUGGUACCUUGGGUUACAUAUGCUUCAGGUUACAUACUUUUCAGGUUACAGACUCCGCUAACCCAGAAAUAGUACCUCGGCUUAAGAACUUUGCUUCAGGAUGAGAACAGAAAUCGUGCAGCGGCAGCAGGAGGCCCCAUUAGCUAAAGUGGGGCUUCAGGUUAAGAACAGUUUCAGGUUAAGGACAGACCUCAGGAACGAAUUAAGUUCUUAACCCGAGGUACCACUGUACUAUUGGUUUGGAUCUUAUUGCAGGGUUAUAAGGUACUUCUAGAGAAUAAUGUAUAUAGUAAUGAAACUGUCCCACUUUAUCCUUGUAUGAGAAAGGCCUAUAGGUCAAUAUUAAUGCUUACUAUUUCAUUUCAUUUUUUUAAAGGAACUGGUUAUCGGCUGAUACUAAAGAAGAGCGUAAUCUGUGGAUGCAAAAACUCAACCAAGUUCUUAUUGACCUUCGCAUGUGGCAGCCUGAUGCUUGCUAUGUGCCUAUUGGGAAACCUUGAGCUGCGGGGAAGAUUUCUCAUGGGAGCUUGCUUCAAGCCACAUGCUGUGCUCUUAAUGUAGACUUUUUUUAUGAGGUCUCUUGGGAUUAUUCAUUACACUUCAUGCUUUAAAAUCUGGAAGGAGAGGUGGUGUUAUAUUAGGCUCCUUGCUGCACUCAGAGUUCUAACUCUUCUAGGAUUGGAAUAUGGUAGUAGCUGUGUUUUUAAGCUCUAUUUGGCUGUGCUAAAUACUUUUUAUAUAUAAUAUUUCUUAAAAUAUGUAGUGCAGUACACAAUUAAAGUACCAGUUUAUUUUAAUUGAUCAGAGCUCAGUUUAUUUCAAGAACUGAAAAAAAUCAGCACAGGAGGAAAAAAACUUAGAGCUUUACCAGUGUGCAUGUUUCUCCUAAGAAGGAUGCCUCAAAAGUUGUUUAGCUUUAGUGGGAAGCUGAAGCAGGAACUUCAAUGAUUUAUUUAUAAAGGUGUUUUUCACCUAAUUAGGAAGUUAAAAAGUAAAACACCCCAUUGUGUUUAAUGUUCCGAAUACUUGGCACUUGCAAAAAGUGUCUGUCUCAAGAACACCAUAGAAUAGUCAUAGAACCCAAUAGAAAUAAUGAGGUUAAAAAGAAAAAAUGGUGUAUGGUUUACAGCUAUGAUCAAUUAUGAAGUACAUUGCACAUUUUCUUAGAAAACAUGUAUGUGAUUUUCUUGAAGCUGCUUUAAAAAACAAACCUUUAUUUACUCUUAUAUAUCUAGCCAUUUUCAUGCAUUUCCUAGUUUGAAUGAAUUAAAAACUCACUGAUCUGAGCACUAGGAGAGUAAGAUGAAUUUCAUUUAGCUGCUGUAGAGUUGCAAUAUGCAAAGUAAUAUUUCUGAGAAUCCAACUUCAGCUGAUGAGCACAAUGUUAAGGCUGCUCACUUAAACAGCAAAUGCGCAGGGGUCACAAAUGCUUUCCACUGGGUGUCACAAUGCUAUAUUACUGCUGCAUGCAUUUUUAGAUAGCAGCAAUGGGGUACUUCCUCUAAAUUGCUAUGGCUUUAAGUUGAACACUAACAUUUCCCCCCUACAGCAUAUUUUGUAUUAUCACUUUAAAUACCUACUUUUUCUGAUGUUUUUGAACUUUUCCCCAUAAAAAAACCUUAAAUGUAUCCAAAGGGAGUGCCUGCCAAUGAGGGUUGUCUUACAGUGCUGAAAAAAUGUGGGUUUGGUUCCAGAGCAUGGAAAAUCUAGACUAAUAAGCCUUUCCCAAAAUGAUGCCCAAUAUGAUUCUAUUUUGGCUGCAGUGUUGCACUCAGAUGGGUUUUGUGAAUGCACUUCAUAGGAACCCAGUGCUGAUUUAUGCUGGUGAAACUUGUAGAACAAGUUAGUAAGCCAUUUGUUAUAUAAGGAAGAGCAGUUAUAAAUUUGUGAGUACACGAAAAAGUAGAGUAAGUAGAAUGUGUUGCAAAUAAACUGUGUGAAAGAAGAAACGGAAGUAAAUAGCUAUAAGAGUAAAAUAAAAAAUAUAUCAGCAAGGAAGUGGUGUUUGCUAACUGAGAUCUGCUUAGUUUACAGUAUCAGAUGAGAUUUUGUAUGUUUAGCACAGCAUGGUCAUAGGUAUAUGUGACACAUUUGCAGCAAGCCUCACCUCACUAAAUAUACUGACCAGACCUUGGGAAGAAGAGGGGGCCAAAUAUUCUGAAGAUGACACCUGGGUCCUCCCCAAUAAGGUUGCAGCCUUGGAAAAGCAGCAAGACUCUAGUCAAGAACAUUAUUGGAAAACAGGAUGAUGAAGUGGCAAAUCACUUCCUGGUCAAUUCAGAAGAAAGCAAAUUCAUUCAGCAAACAAUUCCAGCUAUAAUAAAUAGCAGAGCAUUCAUUUUUUAAAAAACAAAAACCAGCCAGCUGCAUGUGAGGCAAAUAGCAUUUGAUUAAGACCUUUAACAUGACAAUAAUGGAACUCGCGUCCUACUGAUUUAAUUUUAUAUAUGUAUACAAGCUCAGACAGAUGCUGAUGAGUCUUAGAAGCAAUUCAAAGGGGAAAGUGACAACAUGUUUGAAUUAACUCCAAUUUGAAUAUGCAUAAAAUCCUGAGUAUGAUGGAUUUACUUUUUAAAAAUUGACUGUUAUUUCAAUAAGGAAUUGAUUAGGAAAUUUAUCCACAAGUCUUUCAUAAAUAAUCCCUAUUCCAAAACUUCAUGAAAUAGCACUAAACUGUAAAACCUUUGCAGGCAUGUGCUGUGCCAUAUAAUAUACGUGAUAAUCUUUAUCCCCAUGAAUUUUAAGGAUAUUUUGUUAGUUAUGCAUUUAUACUUUAUUUCUAAAAUAAAGCUAACUGCUCAUG